GUGGAUCGCUAUAAAGAGCUUGCUCUAGAGCUCAAACCACCUCCUCUUUCCCCCUACCUUCUAUUCCCUUUUCUUAACUUCAUUCUUGAGAGAGAGAAAGAGAGCGAAGGAGAGAGAGAAAAUGGGAAAUUGUCAAGCGACUGAUGCAGCAACACUGGUAGUACAGCACCCAAGUGGGAAAGAAGAGAAGUUUUAUUGGGCAGUGAGUGCAAGUGAGAUUAUGAAGAUGAACCCUGGCCACUAUGUUGCUCUUCUCAUCUCCACCACCUUGUGUCCCUCCAAUCCCACCACGGACAAGGGCGGUGACAGGAAAGACAAGAACUCGAAUCCGGACGACAACAAGAACACCGCUUCUUCGCUUCGCGUGACGCGCAUAAAGCUCCUCAGGCCAACCGAUUCUCUUGUUCUUGGCAAAGUUUACAGACUCAUCACCACUCAAGAAGUGAUGAAGGGAUUGUGGGCAAAGAAACAAGCGAAGGUGAAGAGAAAUAAUAAUCAUCAGGUGGAAGGAGAGCAGAAGCCACAAGUGGAGAGGGUGAUGAGAGAGAAGCAAGUUCUGACAUCAGCCAGAAGAUCUGAGACUUCUGAGCUGGAGAAGGACAUCCAGGUGAAUAAUAAACAUGAGAGAGGAGGACACCGACCAAGAACAGCAACAACAUCAAGAACGUGGCAGCCAUCAUUACACAGCAUCUCAGAGGCUGCAAGUUGAGAUAUCAAUGUUUCCUUAUCGUCCCACAUGACGCGUAAGCAACUCAGUGGAGGUGUAGUGGAUCAAUCAGUACUCCACCUGCAGAAGAUCGAAGCACAUUUACGGAUGCAGGUAGAAGGGGUUUGCAGGUGAAGGGAUUUGAGUUAAGUUGUGUACAGAGAAAGGGUGGAAUGUUUAGAAUUAAAUGUACUGAAGAGAUUUUCUUUCCAAUGAAAGUUUAGUUCAAAAAGAAAAUUGCUUUGGUUGA